AUGACUCUACCAUCAUCAUCAACAUCAACAGCAGCAGAAACAACAACUCCAACGCAAAUCUUCUGCUCUCGUCGUUUUUUUAAUAAAAACAAAAUGGACGUCAGACAAUUUUUUGACGAAACCCUCCGCCUUUGUGGUGUGGCUGCUGCUGGGAGCGGCGGCGGCGGCGGCCCUGGACGCGGUGGCCACGGUGGUGGUGGUGGCUGUCGGGGAGGUGGUGGAGGCGGCAGACGCCGCGGAAAGCGUGGAUCCAAGAAGAAGAAGAGAGAGGAAGAGAAGAAGAAGAGAGAGGAAGAGAAGAAGAAGAGAGAGGAAGAGAAGAAGAAGAGAGAGGGCGGCGGCAGCACCAGCACCAGCACCAGCACCAGCACCAGCACCAGCACCAGCACCAGCACCAGCACCAGCAGUGUUAUUCGGGGAGGACGAGGUCCGGGGGGGACUCUGUCCCGUGCCCAAAAGAGAGGCCUGCGGGCCAUAGGCCUUGUGCCCGAAGAAAAAGAAGAAGAAAAAGAAGAAGAAAAAGAAGAAGAAAAAGAAGAAGAAAAAGAAGAAGAAAAAGAAGAAGAAAAAGAAGAAGAAAGGAAGAAGGGGAAAUGGAUGUCACAAGACAUUCAUGAAGCACCAGAGCCAGAAGAUGAGGGAGAAAAUGAGGGCGAUGUCCUAAACGAAGAUAACUUAACAGGCAAGAGCGCUCUCCUCAGAUUUAUCUUCAGAGACCCAAUCACCAUCACGAUCACCACAAUGAGAGUUGUCAUCAAUAACAGAGGGGCUUUUCUUCGCUUGGGGGAUGUUGUGGUCAGCGCAGCUUCAGCAACGGAUGGGGGUGUUUUACAGUAUGACUUUGGGAAGACGAUUCAAGGGCAGAGUUUCCAGAACAUUGGGUUUCUGAACAUGCCCCCAACGGUACUUCGAACAGCUGUAUCAAGUUUGAGGACGCAACACAAACGUAAAGGUCACCGACUGAAGGAAGAUAUUGACAACGUCUUGAAGAAUAAUAAAAGGAUACAGAGAGAGUUUGGGCGGCCACCAACAGACAGCGACAGACUCUUUAGGCCCGGCGUGAUCCAUACUCCGGGUGAAUGCGCCUCAGCCUGCGCGCAAGACGAAAAUCUAAUAAUGCGCUGUCAGAGGAUUGAAGACGAAGAGGAUGACCCUGCAAUCCACUACGGUCUCAUCGCUUCUGCCAAUCAAUUGAUGAAAGACGCCUCCAUUCGAGAUAAGUUGUUAGCUGAAAAGGAGGUUUUGUGCUUUGAGAUGGAAGCAGCAGGCUUGGUGAACCACUUCCCCUGCCUAGUCAUCCGUGGGAUAUGUGAUUACUCCGACUCACAUAAAAAUAAAGAGUGGCAAGGUUAUGCAGCGAUGACGGCGGCCGCGUAUGCGAAAGAUUUGAUCCGUCAGCUUCACCCAAGCAAGGUUGAUGCUGAACAAAGGCUCAGCGAAAGCCUUGAUAGAGGUUGGUCAUUCUCAAUUCUCACUUCUCAAUGA